AUGAGUGAAAAUUCGACAGAAGAAGUCAUUCUAAAUCAAGAUGAAGAAGAUGAAUUAAUUCAAAUGGGAGUAUUUUACGACAAAAAAAUAAAUCACGAGAAAUUGUUCCUUAGAAAAAACCUUGCAUUGAAAACUCAAUUGGAAUCUAAAUUAGAAGAGCUUCAAAACGAAUUAGAUGCCAUAGAAGAAGAAAAUUCUGAAUUUGAGGCAAAUACUAUCGAUCCUGAUACUCAAAACUUUACUCUUACUGGUGAUUUCUUUGAGCAAUUGCGUAUUCUUGAAGGCCAAGGUGAAAUAAUCAGUGCAAAGUUAGCAGGAAUUAAAGCUGGUAAUGUUGAUUUACAAGCGGAAGUUCAAUCAAACGUAAACAAAACGAAAAUUCUCCGAAAACAAAAUACAGAUUUAGAAGAAAAAGUUGCAAACCUCAAAGAAUUACUUGAAAAAAGAAAGGUUGAUAUAAGGCAAAUCGAAGAGAAUUACGUCAAAGUUACAACAGAAGAAGAGCAGCUGAAAUUAGAUUGCAUUCAGAUAAAAGAAGACACAAGAAAGAAGGCUGAGGACCUUAAAGCUGCUGCUAAAGCAGCUGCCGAAGAUAUAUUCACCCAAAGACAGCUCCUUAUUACUACAAUUGCUGAAUGUAAACAACAAUUAGAUCAGAUCAAAGAAGUAGAAAAAGGCGAUAACAGAUCUUCAUUCCUUAAUGAGAAAAAGAGAAUAUCGUCGUUGAAAGAGCAGUCAUCUUCCAGUUGGAUGAACGAAAGAAUUUCAUUAGUCAAUAAAAUCAAAUUAGCCAAGGAGAAACUUGUCGAGUUAUCAAGGCACACUAAUGUACAUUCGCGUAAGAAUGUUCAACUUAAGUCCCCGAUCUUGAAGAAGGAUAAUUUAAGUGAUUCAGAUAUUAAAAAAGCUCUUUUCCUUGAAAUUAACGAGCUCAAGGGCUACGAUUGGAGUUUCAUAGAUGAAUCUAUUAAAGCUGAAAAGAGUUACGCUGAAUCUCUUCAGAAAGAACUUGAUGAAAUUAAUCAAUUUUCUGAAAAAAUUGAAAAAUUCAGUGCAUCAAAUCAAGAACUGAUUGAGAAACAAAAUAAUUCUGUAGAGAAUAAUAGAAGACUUGAUUUAUUGAAGCAAGAACUGAAUGAACUGAAAUCUCAACUUUAA